UUGUAGUUUCAUAUUUUUUAUUCUUAUAAUUCCGAUUCUUCUUAGUGACUAUUUAGAGAGAUCAUCUCGUUGCCAAGUAACAAGGUUCCACAAAAUAGUUGGUGACAAUUUAUCAAAAUUUUACUGAAAAGUCAUAAAAAUCGUACAAAUUAAACACAUUAAACAUUUAAAGGACAUCUUCAGAGACCACUGGUACACCAUUCAACAUGUAUAAGCUAGAUUUACCGAUAGAUUACAAAGAGGCGGCCGCUAUAGAGCGGAGGAAAAAUAUGGAGGAGCAGAGGAAAAGCAGAAUUUUCAAUUCAAAAACCAGAAUAAUUGGGGUUGAUGUACAAGCCCUAGAACAUCAAGCUAAAGACAGAGCAACAAUGGAAGAUCUGGAAAGAAAACGUGAAGCAGCAUUCGCGGCAGAUGCAGUUAGGCAUGACAAAAUUGCUGAUCUUUUGAAUAAACGUCAAGAAAAUGACAUGCGUGAACUGAAUAAAGCUGUCAAUGAGUUUAGACUGCUUCACCAACAACCAGACAACCGUAGAGAAUUCGACCUUUAUGAUCCUGAUUACCUGAAAAAAGAUAAACCAGGUAGGGUGUCUGAUGACGAUCCUCGAUGCGGAAUUGCAAGUCUUCAAAAAUUUGAUGGUGAAGAUUUAAAUAAUAAAGCCAGGACAAAAUUCCAACAAGAACAGCUGAGGGAGUGGGCAGAACAGCAGAAACAUGAAAGAGAUCAAGCCAAGAAAAAUCAAGACCAAGCUGAUCGAUUACAUGAUCUGAAAAUGCGAGAAUUGGAUGAACGUGCUAUGGAGCUGCAGAAAGCAGAAGAGGAUUGUAGAAAGGCCAUAAAUCAUGCACAGACAGAUUACAACCAAGCUCUGGCUAGAGAACAAGCAGAGAAGAAACGCCUUGCCAGUCAGCAAGAACAGGAUGACAACAACACAGAAAUAGCCAAUCAUGUCUUUGGUGAUAUUCUAACUGAGAAUCCAUCCGUAGCCCAGAGUGCAUUUGGACCUCAUAGGGUAAUUACUGACAGGUGGAAGGGAAUGAGUCCUGAGCAGAUUGCUGAUAUCAAACGAACCCAAGAAUUACAGCGUAAAGAGAAAGAGCGUUUGAAACAAGAAGAAGAGCUACGAGAUAAAGAAUGGGAACGUCAAAGGAUCGCCAAUGCAAGGGCAGCUUUACUAUUGGAACGCGAACAAGAUCGUCAGAAGAAAGAUCUCGACAAACAACAGGCAAAUGAAAAUAAGAGACUUUCAUCAGAGCAGAAAAAUCAUCUGGACUUUAUGAAUAAAGAGGUUUAUACAAACAGGCCAUCUGCAGCGUAUUUUCAGCAAUGGAACACGACAACUCGAUAAUCAUAAUUAUGCAUACAUUAAAAAAUUCAUUUCGAUUUCUCCAUCAACAAGGAAUUUUUUCUCUCAAUGUUUGAUAUAGACAUGUGGUGUCUAAAACUCAUUUAGAAUUGUUACAUGUUUUUUAGUAUCCUAUUAUAAGCCAAUGCAAUGUUUACAAACGUUACAAAUUUACUGUACUGUGUACUGUUAAUGCUAAACAUCUGCAAUCAUUAAACAAAAGAACCAAUAGAUAUUCAGGUUCACCAGAUUAAACUGUUACAAGUUCACAGUGUCUCCUAUAUGAUUUCUUACUGAGGAAUAUAUUCAUGGAGUGUGUCAGC